CCUCCAAUAAUGUGGCGGUGAUGGAUCAAAGUGCAUUUCGUCAAUUGGUGUCAUCGCAAGGGUCUGGAGGCAGUACGAAUGCAGGAAAAUCAAAGAGAGUGCUCGGUAAAGGUCAAAAGCGUACAGGAUUGGCAAGUACAUCAAACAAGGACGAAGAUGUCUCCUCUAAAUUCAUACCAAGAAAGGUGGGAAAGAAUGCAAACUCAACAGAAGAGGAUGAGGAAGAGGAAAAUGAACGUGCUCGGCUGAAGAAGUUAUAUGCAGAGAAUUACACCGAUCGAGCAGCUGCUAGAAGAUCAGGUCAAGAAGAAUUGAACGAAUUUCAUGAUGUUGAAAUGCUCAAGAAAGAUUUCGCAAAAAGGUUAGGAAGUGCAAAUGAUGAAUCAGAACGUCAACAGAUACGUGAACAAAUGGCAUUCUUGGGCGGAGAUGCUAAACAUACAGUCUUGGUAGAUGGUUUGGAUUUCGCACUUUUGGAACAACAACGGGCAAAGAUGAACGGAGAUGAUGAUUUGGAGAAUGCAUUUCAGUCAACAUCAUCUUCUCAAAGAACAACAGAAAAAGCGCCAAGUGCCGGUAUAGCACAUGCGAAGAAUGACAAAUUUAAACCGAUAGGCAGUAGCAAACCUAAAGAGGAAGAAAGUCCAGAGUAUAUCUGGAGAAAUGGAAAGAGGAUGCGAAAGAAGAGAAAAGAUAGGGACACAUCGGGAAAGGAUGCAGAGAUGAAGGGCAGUGUGACAGAGGUGUCAUCGGAUGGUGCUUCUACGCAAUCCAAGAGAGCAAAGGUGCCAAAGAAGACGAAAGAGAAGGCAGAAAGCUCCACUACUGCAACAGCGCAGCUUGAUGAGGCAGCUGAAAAUGAUGGUGAAAGCGUACCACCGAAGGCACCUGAAGAGGGUGCCAUAACUGCUUCGAGUAAAUUGCCAUCUUCGACAAACAUCCAAAGUGCAAUCGAUCAAGACAAGAAGGAGGUAAAUGCACCCGCCGAAAACAGCGAUGAGGAUGAUGAAGAUAUAUUUGCGGGUGCCGGAAGAUGGGAUGGAUUAGCUGAGGAUGCAAGCGAUGAGGAUGGUGCGAUAUAGACAGCU